AUGUCUCCGCCUGCCCUCUGGCCUUCUCUGCGCCGUCCUGUCCGUCCCCUCCAGCUCUGGGAGGGCGGGAAACCGGGACACACACCCCCCUCGGCCGCCUCCCAUCCCCCCGCCAGGCCCAACAACGGGGCCUUGCACCCGGCGGGUCCCGGGGGUUCCGCACGCCGCGCCCGCAGCCCGCAGCCCCGCGGGGGGAUCACGGGAAGCCCGCAGGAGGGCGUGCGGGACGCGGCGCUCCCCGCGCGGCCGCGACCGCCCCGCUCCGAGCGGGACCCGCGCACCCACCGGCGCCGGCUCCGCGGCCACCGGGACGUGCGGCGCAUACGGCGGUCCGGGCAGCGCCGCUUCCGCUCCCGCCAAGAGGCGCCCGGAAGUGCCCGGAGCGCUUUGGGGGACGCACCACGCGGGGAGGAGGGAGAAGGAUGGCGGGUUCGAGUCCCGCUGCUGGCAGGUGGUGGCCGCCCGGCCCGAGGCCGCCGGCGCCGUUUUCCCCGCGGUCCCGCCCGGCCCCAGCGGGGUCCCGGCACCCCCGUCCCGCUCCGAGCGCACGGGCCACUGCGGGCGCAGCUCGCUCCCGCGCCAGGAGGUGGCAGCACCGCCGCGCCUGACCGGCGCCUCCGAGCCAGGCCCGCGGGGCGGGGGGCGCCGCGGAUCCGCUCGUCGCACCCACCGUGCCUGCCCCCGUUGCCGCGACCCCGUGCCCUCGGGGACUCUGCUGUCCCGGGGUCCCGGGACUGA